GCUAUACUGCUGCUAGCAGUCUGCCGGCGGUACGUCUUUGUGUUUGCAAACAAUUGUUUGCCUACAUCUCGUGUUAUGGUUUCGAAAGUAAAUUCUAUGCAAUAUUCAGGUGAACGGUGUGUGUGUGUGUUUUGUGUUUGGAGUGAUAUCAACGAACUACGAUGCAUCGGGAGCCUCUAAUGCUUUAUAGAAAGUUAUCCAUGAAACAGUAGUACACAUGACAUCUCUAACAGAGGAUACAUAUUCAGAGGUGUGCUGACUGAUGAUAUUCUCACUGCCAGAUCUGAGCUAUGUUGGUGAUGCUAUCAGACUGGGCUAUCAAAUAAUGGGGCAAGCAGUGCUGCACUCUCAUGUUGACCAAGUUGUGGGUGCAGCACAUUAGCAUCAGUGGCUGAUAUAAAGGAAAAGAACACAGUGGACUUGGGGAAACACAGGAUUAAAAUUAUCACAAGGCCUGUGCUACUUCUGGAAAGCCCACACUACCUAUUCAAGAACCAUAUGUUCGUUUUCUACUGCAGGAUGGCUGAAACCAAUCAUUGCAACUUUUUCUUGGAGAAAAAGAACAGAUUCUGCAGAAUGCUUACCAAAGACGGAAGUGACUAUUGUGGUGAACAUCAAACAUUUGCACCUACUGAACUUCAAGAAGUUGCAGACCAAUUUGCUCGAAUGGUGUGCCCCCUAGACAGCAGUCACACCUGCUAUGUUCGCCAUUUAAAAAAACAUCUAAGAAAAUGUAAUGCCAACAAGAAAGAUCCCGUCUAUAUAACUCAUGGACUGAACAGAGGAAGUUCAACAGAUGACGAGAUCCAUGGAUCAACUUUGUGUACCAUUGAUGAUCUGGCUUUAGUGCAGUUAAUUUCUAAAAUAGAAACAGUGUGCACAGGUAUCAUUCCCUCUGUUACUGAACGAUCAUCAGUACAUCCUCGCUUGCAAAAGGAGAUUGAAACACAAGCGGAUGGAGUUAAUUCAAAGAGACAGCUAUCACAAGUGUCUUCACUUUUGUCACUCAUUGAGAAGUUCAAUAGUAUUCACGCGGAUACCUGUUUCCUCGAAUUUGGUGCUGGAAGAGGUAUGCUGACAUAUUGGCUUGGAGAAAUAACUGCUGAAGUACCACAGUCUUCUUUUUUACUUAUUGAACGAUCUGCGUAUCGUCAUAAAUUUGAUGGACGCCUAAGCUCUAAAAGAGACUGUGUUGUAAGAAGAGUGAAAGCUGACAUUGGUGAUCUCAACCUUGAUGAAAUAGAGUUGCUAAAAGAACACCAGCAUCUAGUUGCACUCAGCAAGCACCUAUGUGGUGCUGCUACAGAUAUGGCUUUGAGAUGUAUGACAAUGACAUCUGAAGAUAUUUCUAUGAAGUUUCGUAGUAUAUUUAUAGCUACUUGCUGCCAUCAUCGAUGUGACAUUUCCUCUUAUGUAGCAAUGGAUUAUUUAGUGGAACUGGGUUUUGAAAUUUCUGACUUUAAUGUCAUGUGUGGUAUUACCAGUUGGGCAACAUGUGGCUCUCGGAAGAAUGAGCUAAUUCGCAAACCAGAAGAUUCAGUUGAUAGGUAUGCACGACUGCAGCUGACACACGAGAAGAGAAGAAAAAUUGGCAGAAUGUGCAAGUUAAUAUUUGACUAUGGAAGAAUCAAAUUUCUAGAGAAAUAUGGUUACAAUGGGGUAUUGACAUACUAUGUACCUGAAUCAGUUUCACCAGAGAAUGUAUGUUUAAUAGCAAUAAAAAACUGAUUGAUUUUAUUAAU